GAGCACAGACCGGCAUAUAUGACAUACCAUAAUUCGUGGGGUUUGUAGAUGCAUGCCAGAGCGAGCUAAAAGCAGAUUCUGAGAUACCCUGGACAGCGCACAUUCUGUCUCCUCGAGCCCACCUCUCUCUCUCUCCAGGGUAACGUGCAUCACAAUCUCAACGCUAUUUGACCUUCGCGGUACAAAUUACAGGGCUUUCUACAUCCAGCAAAAAGAGAUGAACCAUUUACAAAGUUUGGACGAGCGGUUAAACGCGCUUUUUUACUUCCUGUUUGAAGACAGAGACUCCAGGGUACGAGGAUGGCUCCUGUUGGACUCAUAUCUCCCCACCCUCUCCCUCACCAUCCUUUACCUCCUCACAGUAUACCUGGGAUCAAAAUACAUGAGGAACAGGCCAGCAUACUCACUCAAGGGGGUCUUACAAGUGUACAACUUCUCUGUGACCAUGCUCUCCCUGUACAUGCUGGUUGAGCUCGUCUCGGCAACCUUGUCGGCAGGCUACCGUCUGCAGUGUCAGGGACUCCACGAGGCAGGGGAGGCGGACCUCAGGGUAGCCAAGGUGCUGUGGUGGUACUACUUCUCCAAGGUGAUUGAGUUCCUGGACACCAUCUUCUUUGUGCUGCGGAAGAAGAACAGCCAGAUCACCUUCCUGCACGUUUAUCACCACGCCUCCAUGUUCAACAUCUGGUGGUGUGUUCUGAACUGGAUCCCCUGUGGACAGAGUUUCUUUGGGCCGACUCUUAACAGUUUCAUCCAUGUGUGUAUGUACUCCUACUAUGGCCUGUCCACAAUACCCUCCAUGCAGAAAUACCUCUGGUGGAAGCGCUACCUGACUCAGGCUCAGUUGAUCCAGUUUAUACUGACCAUCACACACACCCUGUCUGCAAUCGUCGUCCCUUGUGGUUUCCCCGUUGGAUGCCUGCUCUUCCAGUUCUCCUACAUGGCCACCCUCGUCAUCCUUUUUGUCAACUUCUACGUCCAGACCUACAGAGAAAGACGGCCAGAAGAAUCCAUCAAGUCCAGUCGCCCAAAUGGCCACUCUGUCUCCACCAAUGGCACCAGCUUCAAGAAGAGAAAGUAGUAUUUGGACCUGGUUGUCAAGACAACGACCUACUUCAACAACCACCAGAAUCUAUACAUGUCGUGACACUACUGCUAAAAUGCUCCAAAACAGGGAUAAGUUUCAGUAUGCAUGUUAUGUAUAGAAACCUUUGUACUUAAUUUUUGUAUUAAAUUCUUUAUUUGGUUUCCUUGGAGCUUGACAACAUAUGCGUAACAUACUGUACGUACAGGAAUGAUGCGCUCAUUUCCUUUGCACUUUCAAUUGCUGAAAUGCAAGUGUGAAAACUCCAUCCAUUCCUUACCACGCAGUAACCUAUGCAAUUCAUAGUUUAUAUUCUCAUAGUGUAAAAACCUGAAUACAAUCAGCAAUUUCCACAAUACUUUGACAUAAUUUACGUUGCUAUUGCUUUAUUGAAUAUAGCCCAUGUGUACAGUGUGUACUCAUCAAAAAUAUCAGUCCAGAGCAUUCACUGAAAUCAUUGUUAAACUAAAGAUGCCUUAGAAACACUGCAGAUCCUUAUACCUGAUGUAUCACAAUGUAUUUGAAUGUCUUCGUUUACGGGUACAACAUGUGCUGGUAAACAUGACUGGGUCUUUAGAAAAAGCAAUAUUGAACAGGCUUUCCUGACGACUUUGGUAGACUUUAUACAUUGAGAAAUGCAACCACUGAUCAAUAUCUUUGAAUGGCUAUCGGCAAACAGACAAAAUAAAAGUACUUCAAAACAAUAAA